GUCUCAUUCUCAUAGAUGGGCUGGGCCUGCUGGCCAUGCUACAAUAUACUGCGCGGCCCCCUUCGGCUGGAAGAUAGAGACAGAGCACAAAGCGUCGUCUUCUUCUCCUCGGCGGCGGCGGCGAAAGGCGAACGAGCGAGGAACCCUAACCCUAACCCUAACCAGUUCCGAUCCGCAAGGCCUGCGUCGAUGGCGGCUUCCCUCCGCGCGGCGGCGACGAGGAUGCUGCGCCCGGCGGUGCUUCCAGGGGAGGGGCGUCGCCUGCUCGUCCACACCCAGCAGGUAUCUUAUCCGGCUAGAUCUGUGGCCCGACGUCUGAUUGUUGCUCUCAUUACAUUGGGGUGGCGGUCCUCCCUUCUUCUUUCCAAACUGAUUUCACAGGGAUGCACGGGUGGUAUCCGUUUGGAUUCAUUUCCAUUGAUAGAUGAUUAACUGCCUAGCAUGAAAGCCUUGGUAUUUUGGUGGUCUCCAACUAGUUCAUACUUUGCUGUGCCAUUGGUAGAUGAUCCACUGCCUGGCAUGAAUGCUUUUUUGAUAUUUUUUUGGUAAAAUUUGGCAUCGUUUGGCCUCCGCUGAGUUUUACAUUUUGCUGUGCCAUUGGUAGAUGAUCCACUGCCUGGCAUGAUUGCCCUUGAUAUGUCAGUAAUAUCGACAUCUUUUUGUCUCCCAACUAGUUUUAUGUUUUGCUAGUUCCAUUAGUAGAUGAUCCACUUACUGGCAUGAAUGCUUUUUUUUUUUGAUA